ACAGACACGAGUACAUUGACUUACCCCUCCUAGCUCGAACAGCGUGCUUCGCUCGCAUACAGGAUUCUUUGAGUUCUCAUCGAGAUGCUGUGCUGAGCCUCAAAAUCUGCUGCCGAAGUCGAGACCAACCUUAUCGAAAACCAAAAAACCAUGUACAAAGACGUCACGUCCCAUGAGCUCUCACUCUUUGACUAGCUCAAGCACAUUGACAACUCAGAUUGCUUUGACAAGUGCGAGCAGCAGUAGUAGUAGCAUCAACAGCCCGUUGUCUUCGAGAUCCUCCCAAUCUGCUUCUGGAACACCAUCGUCAAGCUCUUCAACGACCUCGUCGGUCGCAUCGAGUACAUCAUCGUUGAGCUCAACAAUUAGCUCUGAGGUCGCAUCGAGCACAUCGUCCCCUGCCUUGAUUUCAUUGUCGUUAAGUUCCAGUAGCAGCAGUAGCAGCAAUGAAGCUGUAUCGACACCGUCAAGCAGUCCUACAAUCACACAAUUUACGAUCUCCAUCACAGUCUCCACGCCAUCCUCCUCUCCCACUGGACCUCCUAGCUGCGAAUCAGUGGGGCCUGUCAAUGAUGGCGUGACGCCUCUCCAGACUAUCGCGACGACCGACCCCAACAUCUGCGGUACCACAUGCUUGUCUACCGACGGCUGCCUAUCAUAUGGAGUCAGUAACACUCAGUGCGCACUUUUCAGUGCACACGUCAGCGAGGUACGAGCGAUUGUAGCUCCAAAGUCCGUCAGAAGAGGCGAGAUUUUCGUGUUCUACGACAUCGGGUGUACGCUGCCUGAUCCCUUGCCAUCAUCGACUUCGGAGGUGGUUCCCGGAUCGACGACUGAGAGUGCAACGGCAGAUGUUACAUCGACGUCGAUGCCCACGACGCCAGAUAGUACACCGACUUCAUCCACGACACUUGAGAGUAGCACAUCAGCCACUCCGUCCUCAACCCCAACAUACACUCCUAAAUGCGGCCUCACAGGUACAUACGGCUUCGUCAGCUCCAUCGCCAGCAGCGCCAGUGCAGGUGGGUCGCAAUCUGAUUGUCGCGCGUUCUGUUUAACCAACAGCGCGUGCCAAAGCUAUGCACUCUUGAACAGUGUGUGCUAUCUUUAUGAUCGGAAUCUGAGCUCUUACUAUCCGACGAAUAAUGGGAUGGUAAUUUAUGACCGAGGUUGUCCUGUGGUGAUACCUAGUGUGACACCGAGUGAGGAGGUAAUGAGUUCGACGUCGUCGUCGGUUGCGCCAAUAAUUACUGAUUGAGCGGGUAAAGCCUGUAGUAUAAUUUCUGCACGGUAGAACUUUUCAUAUUCUUGCAUAUCAUAACGCAUAGACUCGUUUGAUACGAUCAUACUUUAAAUGUGACCUUUUCG